UUAUACGUUAUGGGUAACUUGAUUGACGGACAAAAUUGCCUGCUAUAUAUACAGGCACACCUGACAAAAUGGAGCUUUUCACUUUUUCCCCAUCAAUUUGGGCGGAGACAAAUUAGCAAUUCAUCAAUAUUUGCAGUUUUUUAAACCUAUUUGGACAUGUCCGAAGCUUCUUUAAACAUGGAGCCCCCUAAAGAUGAAGGGAAAAUCGAAACAUCAGCAUUUGAAGAAGUGAAGUUAGAGGAAGUGAAGGAACCUAAACCAGCAGAAAUUGAGGAAGUGGAAGAGGACGAGGCUGCCCUCUUCCGCUGUGAUCUAUUUGAUGCAGAAAUGGUUAAAAAGGUAGCGGAUGAAUUCCUUCCAGGAUUAGCCUCUGCUUGUAUUGACAAUACGACUGGCGGUUUGUUGAAGAGCCCCGCUUCUGUGGCUGUUGAUAUUAGAAGAGAAAUGGUGGACUAUCUUGUCCAGAGAAGCGAGAUGUUUGUUGCAGAAUCUGUCGUCUUAGAAGGUGAAUCGGUUACUGAAGUAUUAGACAACCCUCAUGACAUUAUAUCGGAUUUUAUUGAUGAUUUUGCACAGUCUAAGAGGAACUUUUUCAGCAAAGUAUCAGCAUGGAUGUUAAGUGAAAGGAGGGAGGAACAGAUAGAUGAUUUUGUACAAGAAUUGGAAAUGAAUGGCUUUUGGUUGAUGUCGAGGAGGAUAGCAGUGGCACAAACAUCGAUAAGAAAUAUUGACUUCAAAAACAUUUAUCACUGCAAUAUGAAGUUUAAAACUGAAGAAGAGCUUUCGAAACAUAUCUCCUCGUGCAGUUUCAGGGAAUUGACCUGUGAAAAUGAGGGAUGUAAUGCUCGAUAUAGUGCAGCUCAGCUUGAGCUGCAUGACUCUAUGUGUCCGUUUAAAAUGCUUCAAUGCGAGCAGAAAUGCCCAGAAACACUAAUGAGGCGCGAAAUGGACAGGCACUGUAUAACUGUAUGUCCAAUGAAGCUUGCCAACUGUCCUUUCUAUCCAGUAGGCUGUGUAUCUACUAUUCCUCAAUGCCAAACAGAUCAACAUCGUCUAGAGAAUCUUCAGUCACACUUAAUCCACAUCUUAAAACUUAUUCACAAGGAAGCAUCUUUCGACGCUUUGAAGAAAAGGGCUGAACAAUUGUUGGAGGCAUCAUCACCUGGACGGCUGGCAGCAGCUCGAGAUGCAAGAUCAUUGACAGUUGCAAUCAAAAGUAUUGAUGCAAAGCUUGGACCUUUGGAAGUUGAGAAAAUUACAGAGGACAAGGCAGAGGACGCUGAGCUGAAAGACGGAAAAAAGGAUAACACUGAUCAAUCCACCAAAAAGGAUGGUUCUACUGACUUGUCUCAUAAUGAUGAACCAUCUCCAGACAUAUCGAAAAGUCAGCAUAAUUCCACAACUUCACCGCAGAAAAUAGUCUCACCUGACAAAUCAGAGAAUGUUGUGGAACCAACAGUUAAAACGGAUUCAACAAAUGAACACUCUGAGAAAGCAGACUCAAGAGAUCUACUCCAUAACAAGAAUGAUGGUUUGAAAUCACCUGAGAAAAGUGAAGAGUCUCUCAGCACAUCCAAAGAACAUCAAGAUUUCACAACUUCAGCACACAAACUGGAGUCAUCCAAAAGUGAAGAUAAUCCUCCCAAGUCACCCGAGAAACAUCACGAUUCAACUUCUGAAGACAAAAAGGAGUGACCUAUGCCGAAACCAAGAACUUCUCAGGCAGUGAUCAACAAAUAGGGUACCUGAAUAAUGAAGAUUUAACAGAAAGUGAAUGCAUGUGUAGCCACCAAAUGAGAUUGCAAAUUUUGGAGGUUAAGUAUAUGGGAACACACAUGACCAUUUUGUAUAUCGAAGAUCGGAGUACCUUCCAAAUCUCAGGCUGGAAGAUGGAAGAGAAAAAGUAAGUACCUUGUUUCAAAAUUGACAAGAAUUUUUUUUGCAUGAAGUAGAUAAAGUUACAAGCUUUAAAUUCUUUAUUCACCUCCAUACAUCGACGACACGACCUUUUUUUUUUAAAAAUUCUUUUUUUGGCCUUUUUAGUUGUUACUUAAUUGACAGAUGUAAACAUUUUUUCCAGUAUAAUUGAUUUUUAGCAGGUUUUCACUUUCUUA